AUGUGGGCAGAUAAGUCAGGAUCGUCAAGGCAAACAACUAUUCGCCACGACGAGACACUUGGCAGUAGUAGUCGUUACACACCUGCCACUACUGAACAGAAACAAAAGUUCCGUUCCCAGCCACCUGAACUCACCGGCCAGACGAAUGAUCAUUUCAUUCGUUCAGAAGAACAACCAGAACUAAUUUUCUCAAAUGCAAAUGUAAACCCUUCGAUAUUUUCGCCAUUGACUGGACACCAACAUUCUCAGGCUGCCUCUUUUUUGAGUCGUCCUAUUGAACACCCUGGGGAUGGUGCCGAAAUUGCGGCAUUUUUGAAUUCUGGAAUGUACAAUGAUGAAAUCCAUAGCGACGAUCUCUACACAGACUCAAACACAUACACAUCCUACCGCCAUCAGGCAGACCAUGAUCACAGUGUUGCUGAAAAAGAGAUUUUGGAGCAGAACCUUGCUAGACUACUAGGGGCUGAUGAUAUUGUAGCUUAUCUUUCGGAAGCCCGAUACUCUGAAGACGUCUAUGGGCUACCGCCUGCUGUUCAAGCUUUGGUUAAAGAGGCACAAAAGGAAGUACAAGAAGUGCAAAGCGAUACCCAAAAGGCACCAAGACAAGCUGUGGAGCGACUGCAAAUGAUUCGCGAGCACUUUAUGGGACGUGCAAAGGGCAAUGCUAAUGUUGCCGCCCAGCAAGCACAUACACUACAAGAGCAAGAUUGGGACAAGUUUUUUUGA